GUACAUCUUGCCUUCUUUACAAGUCCAGCCAGUGCAGGGAAGUAAGGUCCUUCAGAUGGCAUUGCCAGGUAGCACGGUCCAGCCUGGCAAUUUUCUCACCGUGACAAGCACUGCUGCAUCUGGCCAGGCUAGCCCGGUUCCUCCAGGGAAGAUACAGUUUCGUACAGUGGUCUCGUCGGCACCCAGCACGGAACAAGUGCAGAUUCCUGCUGGGGCAUUUGUUCAGCCAAUAGUUUGUCUUUCUGUAGCCACUCCCCAGAACAUUCCAAGUCUCCAGGCAACACCCACUAGCAUCGUCACUCAGGCAACAGCCAUUGUACAGGGAGGCAUGAGGUCCCACCAGCAGCAUGUACUUCUGCCAACCACACAGAAAAUCCAAACAGCCAUGAGCUUGACUUCUGGAGGCAAAGGAGACACUCUGCAAAAAGUUCACUAUAUACCUGCAUAUGUCAGUCCUGUACAGCCUGGACAACUGCUGGUUCAAUCCCCACAUCCCAUCUCAUCCCCUAACCUGGUAAUGAGUCAGGCGACAAGUAGUACAGCAGCUAGCCAGGUACAUUUUACCAGCGGGACACUGACUGGACCACAUUUGCAUGCUGUAUCUACAUCUGGAGGCGUGCCCACGACACAGCUACAGAUUGCACCCAAGCCUGUGCAUGGUAUGACGAGUGUGCAGUCAGUACCUCAGACAGCGAACACCAAAAUGUACCCAGGCUCCACCAUCAAAGCAAACACCAUGUCUGUGCCAGUGGAAGGCAAAGCAGCAGAGAUUGGUUACAUCAGCAGCUCCAACUUUCACACAAAAUCUAACCGGGUCAAGGCAACAACUGCUCAUGUUCCUGUAGCCACAGAGUGCAUGAAAACACCACUCUCUCAGUGUCAUGUGAACAGCUCCCCCAUGGCUAGUCCUGCCUCCACCCCAGCACCCACACCGUCCCCAACUCCAGGCAUGAUGAUGAUGCAUCAGGUGCAGAGCGUUGGCAGUCCCAGCCAGAGUAAUCAGUUUUGUAAGUUGUCACUUUUAUUACUUUUUCUAAACAUUAUUUUUUUUUAUAAUAAUACGGUUAGUUCAGUUACUUUUUUAAUAAAACUAUUAAUUCUGUAUUUAAAAAAAAAAAAAUACUAUUACUUCAUAAAUACUAUUACUUCUAUUAUUUUUCGUAAACACAGUUCUUUUAUAAAUACUGUUACUUUUACCAAACAGAAACACAAACCCCCACCUUUGAACGUGCCAGCCCAUGUGCUGCAGCCCCCCAGUGCAACGAACUCUCCCACGGUUGCCAGCAGCCCACGGAAAGGAAUCAUCAAGAAAUCCAAGGAUGAUGGGAUGGACAGAGUAUUGGAGCAAGUGGAGUUUGAAAAGCAUUUCCAGUGCCUGCCCAAGUUCAACCCGGAAGAGACGGUGUCAACCACACCUGUAGCCCAGUCUCCACGAGGAAUUAUCAAUGUCUACAAGCAGAAGAAUAAAACUUCUAAUCUGGCCAAAGAAGGGCAAGAUGGGGACAGCAACAAACUUUCAAGUGAGUCUGAAGCAGCAACACCGACGCCCAAGACACCAAAGAGUGGACGCCUGGAGGACCGUCGUUUCUUUGGAGAUAACUUUAAUCUGGACCUUGUUAGUACAAGUGCUCAGAGCGCCAAAGUGUUUGACUUUGAAGAUGUCAAUAUCAACUCACCUCGCACGCCUAAAACUCCGAGCUCGCCAGGUGCAUUCUCCAACCGACGUAUUCUGGACCAGAGGCGCCAGCUGGUCAUGCAGUUGUUUGACGAGCAUGGACUUUAUCCCACAAGUCAAGCAACAAUGGGAUUUCAGAACAAGUACUCUGAGAUAUUUCCCAACAAGACUUGCUUGCAGCUGAAGAUUCGAGAGGUCCGGCAAAAGAUGAUGGCUGUGGUGCAGGUGAGUUGA